UUAUAGUUUCCUGUUGCGAUAAGUGUGAUGCAAUUACUAGCUGAGAAAAUAUUUUUUUAAAAAGCUGGAAUGCCCAAAUACCCAAGUCUACCACAUCAUUGCUAAGCCAGCUCUUCAGUGAGUCUAGCUGUCACUGUAUGGAUGGGGAUAAGAUAUGAAGCAGGCAAAGACUAAAUAACCACAUGAUGUCAACGUAGCCAGGGACAGAAGUAAAAGUAAAAGGCUUUUCUUUCAUGACAGGAUCCAUGGUCUUAAGGAUACAGAUAAUCUAGGGUUACUAUUUCUCAAAGAGGGCAAUCAGUGAAAAAUAUAAAUGUCUGAAGAUAAAUCAGAUUUUCUAAACAAGUCAUCAUAUUACAGGGACUUUGAGCUCCUUAAAAUGGCCGAACACAGCUAGUGAAUGACAAGUAAUGUUUUUUUCUUGUGCUGCUAAAAAAACAAGAUGAGUCGGAUUUACCUCAGCAGUGGCUGGCUUGAAGUACCAUGGGGAGAUGGUGACUUAGGCUCCUGGGCAGAUCGAUCACCGCUGCAUGAAGCUGCAAGUCAAGGUCGUCUUCUUGCUCUGAGGACAUUAUUAUCACAAGGUUAUAAUGUAAAUGGAGUAACCAUAGACCAUGUCACCCCACUCCACGAGGCCUGCCUGGGUGAUCAUGUGGCAUGUGCAAGGACUCUUCUGGAAGCUGGAGCUAAUGCAAAUGCAGUCACGAUAGAUGGUAUAACUCCCUUAUUCAACGCGUGCUCACAAGGCAGUGCAAGCUGUGCAGAACUGCUUUUGGAAUAUGGUGCCAAAGCCCAGCUGGAGUCCUGUUUUCCAUCUCCAACACAUGAGGCUUCGAGGAAAGGGCACCAUGAAUGUCUCGACAUUUUGAUAUCCUGGGGCGUAGACGUUGACCAAGACAUUCCUCACCUGGGAACUCCCCUUUAUGUAGCUUGUAUGUCACAGCAGUUCCAUUGCAUCUGGAAGCUUCUUUAUGCUGGUGCUGAUGUACACAAAGGCAAGUACUGGGACACUCCACUACAUGCUGCUGCUCAGCAACCCAGUACUGAAAUUGUGAACUUAUUGCUAGAAUUUGGAGCAGACAUCAAUGCCAAGAACACAGAACUUUUGCGGCCUGUUGAUAUGGCUACAUCUAAUAGUGCUGUAGAAAGAGUACUUCUUCAACAUGAAGCUACGCCAAGUUCUCUUUACCAACUCUGUCGCCUCUGUAUCCGCAACUACAUCGGAAGACAAAGGUUGCAUCUUAUCCCCCAGCUUCAGUUACCAACGUUGCUGCAGAAUUUCUUACAGUACCGAUAACACAGUAAAUAGUUUUACAUUCUUUGAAAGUCAAAAAUUUCUAUUUCACUUUCUUUUUAAAAUAUAGAAUGAUACAGGUCACCUGGGCAAGCAGUGAAAUCUCACCAGAUUUUCAUUUAAAGAAUGCUCAUUAGUACUGUUAAUGAGUUUUUAUGGUCUUUUGGAUUAUGUUUAAAAUAUCUACACUAUGUUAGCUAUCUCAGUGUACCCUCUUGGCUUUGGGGAAAAUGUAUUCACUUUAUGUUUUAUGUUAUAGAGCACAAAAUUGCAUACUUUUACUAAAUUUUUAAUUCAAUUAUAAAUUUCAUACUAUAUUACACGUUGAAGGAUCUGUAUUCCUCAAAUAAUGGGUUAACUGUAAUUUUCAGCUACUGCCAUUGGUUAUCUCUGUGUUUUUAAUAUUGACAAAAAUUCUAGAGCAACUAAUAUGCUUUUUGAAAUAAAAAUGAAUUAUACAGUU